AUGGCGAUCACGGGAUCUCCUCGAGUUCUACCGCUGUAGUUCAAAUUCCGAAACCUCGAAACUACCGAUGGUGGUUCCGUGUGGCAGUUUACGUUAUAUUUCUGUUAGCCGGUCAAGCAACCGCCACCCUUUUGGGUAGACUUUACUAUGACAAAGGUGGUAAUAGUAAAUGGAUGGCUACUUUCGUUCAAUCUGCAGGCUUCCCGAUCUUGAUCCCAAUCCUACUUUUCUUCUUUCCGUCCGUCAAUUCCGCCGCUGCCGCCACAUCCUCGCCGCCCAUCUCCGCCCUUUUGCUUCUUUACGUAUUCUUUGGCCUACUCUUGACCGGUGAUAACUUGAUGUAUUCUUACGGUCUCCUGUACCUUCCCGUAUCUACGUAUUCCUUACUAUGUGCAACUCAAUUGGCAUUCAACGCCCUUUUUUCGUUUCUAUUAAACUCGCAAAAGUUCACUUCGUUGAUCAUUAAUUCUCUGUUUUUACUCACGGUUUCUGCCUCCCUUCUUGCUGUUAAUUCGGAUUCAGAUAACUCGACAAAAAUCUCGAAAGGGAAAUACGUAAUCGGGUUUUUAUGCACUCUAGGUGCAUCCGCCGGUUAUUCUCUAUAUCUUUCCCUUUUGCAACUAUCGUUCGAAAAGGUAAUCAAGAGUGAAAACUUCCGAGUGGUGUUAGAAAUGCAAAUAUACCCUUCGUUCAUUGCGACCUGCGGUUGUGUGGUCGGACUUUUUGCGAGCGGAGAAUGGAGCGGGUUAAAAACUGAGAUGAAUGAUUAUAAAGAAGGGUCGGUUUCGUACGUAAUGACACUGGUGUGGAUAGCGAUCGCGUGGCAAAUUUGUUCGGUUGGGAUUUUGGGGUUGAUAUUUGAAGUCUCAUCUCUUUUCUCGAAUGUGAUUAGUACGUUGGGGUUGCCUGUCGUUCCCGUUCUUGCUGUUAUAUUUUUCGGAGAUAAAAUGGAUGGCGUGAAGGCCAUCGCGUUGCUUCUUGCCUUAUGGGGCUCGAUUUCGUAUGUGUAUCAACAUUACCUCGAUGAUUCGAAAUCGAAGGCAAAGGCGAGGUUCGUUGUAAGUGCCAAUGAUGGUUCAGGUAACGUGUAGUAUCGUACCAGAACCGUCAUUGGCUCAACAGUACUUGAGUCACUGAUAGAGCACAAACUCUCUGGAAGUUAAGGGUUUAAUUUUUACCAGAUAUGAAAAGUGUGUAUA